GCGUAAAUUCGUAAGAUACUUUGCAGAAAAAUGGAUGUUCGGUGUGAUUCUUGUCUGAGAUAAAAAUGAUACCAGUUGUAGCGUACGCAUAUAGAAACAAAAUGGCCGCCGCUCAGGGGGAAAUUCAUGAGGUGGUCGGUAUGAUAACCCUUAUCGAAUAGGUCGUGCAACAAAUCAAGACACUGAGCGUAUCGAAGUUGACUUCGUUAUAAUCCACAACCUAGUCCUUGUCUCUGCGACUUCAUCGCUAUUGAUGUCUCUCUACCGGGAUUAAACGUCCCCUUCGCAAUGUCGCUUUGCGGAUUAUUAACAAGGAUAUCCGCAGUCUGAAGUGCAUUGUUACGUGGAGAUCGAUUCCGAGCAGCGAGUUUUUGCGAGGAAAAAGUGGAGGUGGAGGUUAGAUAGUACAUUAUGUCGGAGCACGGCGACAGCGACGUAGAUGCGACGGAGGAGAUCAAUGUGGACGACUCCGACUCCCAAAGUUGCAGUCCACGGAAUUACACGAGCCACGAUGGCGGUGACCGUCACCACGUGUCUCAGGAGACCUCCGAAUGCUCCACUUCGCCACCUCCCAGUCAGACCGCGAGUACGAGGACGCUACCGAAUGAUUCUCCUCGCAGCCACCCGUUCAGCAUAAGCCGUUUAUUGGGUGAGAGCGGCGUACAAAAUCUCAAAAGCCCAUCACCGUCGGAAGAGCCAGAUAGCGACAGAGAGAGGAAGUGGUCUUGGGAGGAAGGUAACAACAACAACAAUAACAACAACAACCGGAGCGGUGUUGCGGAUGACGGCAGGCGAUCUUGGGGAGACCACGACGUCGAAGAGAAGCUGUCGGAGAGGGAUGAUGACGAUACCGGCGGCAGCACACCAGACACCCAACGUGCGAACUCCUCCUCUUCGUCCUCCGUUCACUGCGUCUCGGCGACGGCGGCGGCGGCGGCAGUGGCAGCGGCAGAUCUACUCGCCCCCUUCAGACUCUUCCCUACCGGUACCACCGCUGGUCUUAUCUACACCGGCGGUGGCGUUAUACGGGUACCGGCACACAGACCACCACCGAAUGGCGCGCCGACCGGCAGUGCCUUGACACAAGCUGCGCUUAUGUCUGCACCCUGGAGUCUGCAAGCUCUUCAACAUAGCCAACAGCAGCAGCAGCAAGCGGCGGCGGCAGCCGGUCUUCAUCGGGCGAGUCUCCUGGCGAACCUCGCGGCACAUCCACUGCAAGCGCAUCCGCAUCUCAAGGACAGACUAGCAGUGGCUGGAGCAUUUCCGAGGAGGAUCGGUCAUCCUUAUCAGAACCGGACACCACCGAAGAGAAAGAAGCCGAGGACAAGUUUCACGAGGCUGCAAAUCGCGGAGUUGGAAAAGCGCUUUCAUAAACAGAAAUACUUAGCCUCCGCCGAACGGGCGGCGUUGGCGAAGUCGUUGAAGAUGACAGAUGCCCAAGUGAAGACUUGGUUUCAAAACAGGCGGACGAAAUGGAGGCGGCAGACAGCAGAGGAAAGGGAGGCCGAGAGGCAAGCCGCGAAUCGGCUGAUGUUGUCUCUGCAGGCCGAGGCUCUCACCAAGGUGACAUAUCCAACGACAGGUAUAUCUGGACAUCCAGGAAGCGCACCGGUGUCCAGUUUAGAUACAAGGCAACAGACGUCGACAGCUCUGACCCAUCCGGCGGUGGGCCAAUGGGCUUCCCCUUAUGGGCCACCGCAGCCACUCGCCGAACCAAUCUGCUGAAGCGUUCGUGACGAUCCACGGCACGACUUGAGAGACUCUCGCCGAAUUAAUCGUCUUCAGCGUGCAUCUUUGUUACGUGUCCUUUCUUAUGAAAAGAUCUCGCAUCGAAAAUCACGUUGCCGAAUGCAUUGCAAUCGCAAGAAUGCAUGCCUUUUCCCUCCCUUCGCUUCGCGCGAUUUAAGGCGCAGAAAUGAAUCGUGAGUCGCAAAACAAUUUUGAUCCCUUUCGAAGUUUAUCUUCGCACGACGCUAUAGAGUAGACGCAUCCCAAUGUGAGCGCGACCGAUUAAGGAAUAUCGUUAAAUGAUUCAACAUCUGUGCUGAAUAGAGACGUUGAUUUUGUUACACAUACACACACGAAUGUGCGCACGGGCAUUUGUGUUUCUAGAUACCACCGAGUGAAAUUAUUCUUUAAGGGAAUUAUCAAUCGGCAAGUUUACCGUUGUUAACACGAAAAUUUAUGAUUUAUUUUCGUAGAUACCGACUAGUCUCGUAAGACGAGCGAAAUAACAGCUUUCUCAGUGCGAAUUGUUUUCGACUUGAUAUUUCACGCUCAGCACUUUUAUGAUGAAUGCCCCGACAGUUCCGUCAUAUCACGAAAAUCCGUUCAUUGUGAAAAGUAUUAGUCUUUUAAAUCUGCGCAAUACACACGCUUACAAUUAUAUUAACCGUCGAGCACUGAUUUCAACGUAACUUCCUUUUAAUUUGCUUCGCAAACUAGAGAACAAAGAACACUUACAUACGAAUCGGUCAUAAGAUAAUAUUAUAGUGAACAGAUUUUUUAGAAUAAUAAUUACGAAUCGUAGGCUACUAGUAUUGCCUUCUUUCUGCCUUAUGAUAUUCAGGCUAUCACCAUCAUCACGAACACGAACGUCCUAAAGGAAAAAAAAAGGAGCACCGCGAAAUCAAUUAUAAAUUGCCUUACACAGCACGUACUCCCACAAUUGUAUUUAUUAGCCAACGGCUCAAGGUUUUAUUGCCAUAUGAUCGUAACGUUUAAAAAGAGUGAUUAACGUGCGACCAAGCGGUAUCACACGACGCUAAUAAUAGUCGUGAAUUUAUCAUGUACGAAUAAUCGAGGGCGCAUUAAAAGCGUCCGAUUUUUCUUCUCGAAAUGGGGAUAAUCAUCGCCGAUUAGCUCCGGUUGACGCGACAUUAUCGACACGUACGUGUCGAUCUUUCAAUCGUGACGGAAUAGAGUCCCGGAGAUAAGAGAGGCUCUCCGAACGUUAUUUCCAGAUCUCGCCUUAAUAGGUCGGUUGUUCGAUAAUGUCUCUUCGCAACUGACAUACUCGAUCUUUUCUACCAAAUCGAAGAGACGGACGCACGAGAGAAGUUCGAUUCAAUUCGAUCAUAAAUGUUACUCCUGCGGUGUGGCAUAGGUGCACAUUUCUAUCCGUUUGAAGAGUGAGCCAGUGUACAUAUUUCUUCAGUUUCCAAUUUUAGAAGUUUUGGAAUAUAUACAUGUUCUAAAAUCCAAAAACCCCCGCAAAA